UACAAGUUCGACAGCAUAAAAGUUUUUAAUCUAUGGAUCGCCGUGUAAAUAGAAAAGAAUCGCGAAAAGUUCAUCGAGUGACGAAAAAUUAUAAUUAUUAUUUAUUUCUUUACAAUUUUGUCGAGUUUUGAGUGGUAAUACACGAUGUUUUAUUAAUUUUUCAUAAAUAACACUGUGAUAUUGCUGCUGUGUACAAUGGACGCAACUUUUACGAAGCCGCAACACCUUAGGCCGGCGGUGUGGGCCCUGAGCGCUGUGAACGCGGGCGCUCUCCUCGCCGCCGCGAACCUCGUCAUCUGGCUCAACCCUGAGGACAAGAUCUCGAUAAAGCGCGGCAGCGGUCUCACCGCUCUCGGUCUGGUGUACUUCAUGAGCUUGUUCGAGCUGCUGAACGUGUGCGCGCUGUUCACCGGCGCGGGCGCACGCUUCCGCCGCAAGUACCGGCUCAGCGCCGGCGACGUGCUCGACAUCACUAACAAGUUGGUGUCGGCGGUGCAGGCGGCGCUGUCGGUGCUGACGGGCGCGGUGGUGUGCGCGUGGUCGUGCACGCGGGACUUCAUGCGCUCCUCCCACUACAUGUCCGAGGCCUACGCGUGGUUCGGCGCCGCCUACUUCUUCUACGACAUAUGGUCUAUGUACAUGGUACACGUCCAAAUGAUAGCCAAUCCAGACGCUAAAAAAGACAAGACCCAUCAAACAGAGAAACCAGAAAAACCGGAGAAGGUGGAGAAGCAGAUCUGUAAGAAUGGCGAGGGGCUGCUCUCGUCAGGGGACGGGCAGGUCACAGAGGGUCCAGGCGAGGCGCGGGUGGGUUCAGGAGUCACGAAGCCAACGUUCGCGCAAUACUGCAGGCACGAGCCUGUUAUAUUGAUGCACCAUCUGUUUAUAGGCGGGUUCGGGUUCCUAGUUAUUGUGUACUUCCGUGGUUCGUUCGGAGACUGCACAUUCGGGUUUGUGUAUCUGAUGGAGCUGUCGACGCCGUUCGUGUCGGCGCGCGGCAUCCUCUCGCGGCUGCGGCUGAAGGCGUCGCGCGCCUACCUGCUCAACGGCCUGCUCAUGCUCGCCACGUUCUUUGUGUGCCGCGUGGCCAGUCUGCCCUACGUGUGCCUCAUGUACAGCCGCGAGCUCGGCCUGCCUUACUUCGAGGUACUGUAUUUACAUACCUGCUCAACGGCCUGCUCAUGCUCGCCACGUUCUUUGUGUGCCGCGUGGCCAGUCUGCCCUACGUGUGCCUCAUGUACAGCCGCGAGCUCGGCCUGCCUUACUUCGGUACUGUAG